UAUUUGAAUUUGGGGGAUGUUAGCAAAGAAACAAAGUAUUGCUGAAAGAAAAGGACAGAAGCCAGAGAGGUAGAAUGAGAGGCUGUGGUGUGUUCAUUUUGAUUUCAGUUACAAUAUGUAGACAUUUGAUUUAUUUAGUAUCACAAAUUAUUCACACUUUAUCCAUAUUGUAUUAUGUGGUUUUGCAAUUUCUACUAGAUUUCCAGUGCCACCUAACUCUGUCCUUGGUGACAAUUCAAAUUAUUAUUAUUUCAAAAUUCUCUUCACUGACAUCAUUGUUCUUUCUCACAAACCUCUCAGUUCAGUUCAGUUCUGUUCUGUUCCAUUCCAUUCCUCGCUAUAACAAUAACAAUUUCCCGCCAGAUUUUGAAUGGAGAGAUUUUAUAGUUAUUCUGAACAACGAGAGGGUAUUCAGUUAGGAUAUGAUGAAGAUGAGAGUAGUAACAAUCCGAGCACAUCACAGAGGAAAUCAGACGUUGAUUUUAAUGAUGUGUUUGGGGGACCACCGCGGAGGAGGUCAUCGGUGAGUGGAGGAGAGGAAGGUGAAACGGGUUGGUGUAGUUGGCCUCCUCCGCCUGAGAGCGAGAAACCAGUGUUUGGUGAGGAUAGUGGAGCUAGGAGGAGAAGAAAAGGAAAAGAUUUUUUUGAUGAUAUAUUUGGAGGAGAAGAUUCACAGUCUCAAACUCCAAGUGGGUGUUCAACACCAAAGAGACGUGAUGGUGCUGCUUUCAGUCCUGCUCUUCGACCACUUGCUUCUUCUCUCCCCCCAUCCUUCAGCCUUCCUGCCAUAUUGGCAAAAGGAGCGGACCUUCAGACAUUUGGUUCCCCUCCUAGGAUUACGAAUCCACUUAACAACGGCAUUGCUGCUUCAAAUGGAUUAGACUUCUCAGACUCUCAUCUAUCUAGAUUUUCAGCCCAACAUAAAGAGUUGCAAAAUGAUUUUAAGCCAACUUACAUGCAAAGUCUAUUAUCAAAGGAGUUUUCAAACUUGAGCCAAUCUGAUGAAGUAGACAAAGGAAACAAUUUGAAAAAAGACAGAUCUAUUACUGAAGUUUCUCCUAAUAAUACCAGUAAUGAUAAGUUCCAUUUCUCAAUAUAUAAAUGGGCAAGUAAAGGUGUGGUACCUUUGGCGAUGCCUUUUAGGACAGAAAGAACCUCAAGGACAAAAGAUAAGAUUAAACUUGAGAAAUGCUCGAGCGCUAAGGAAUGGAUCGUCACUGACAUUACCACUCAAAAUGAUAGUCCUAACGAAUGGAUCGUCAGUGAGAUUACCACACAAAAUGAUAGUCCUAUAACAUACAAUGGUUCUUCUUUAAAGAGUAAUAAAAAACAAGAAGUGUCAAAUACUUCCACAAUCAGUAAAAACAAGGUAGAUUCACACCAGAGUGUAGACCAUAUCAUUUCCGCCAAAGCUCAACCAGAUUCAUCGAGCAGCCGUCAAACUCUUAUUAAAGAUGUUCUUGGUAGUCCUAUUACAUAUGAUGCUAAAGCAGAAUCAAGUACUCAUUCCACAAAUGAGACAGUCUUUGAUGGAAAAACUGAAGCAGCAAGUGAAACUCACAAACAUGAGCCCAAAUCAUUACAUUCUCUGUUCGGUAAAAAUAGUAAGAAACAAGAUUAUGAUAAGAUAACCAGAAAGUCGAGAGAAGCAAACAUGGCGAAAAGCUCAAAUAGUUUUGAUAUUCCUAUGAAUCCAAAGAAGGAAGAUGAAAAGCAAAAGACAGUUUCUAUGAGAGGUGUAGAAUAUAGCAAAGCUACUCCCCGAGGUUCAUUAAGCCCAGGCAGAAGUAUGGGAAAAGGCCGGGUUAAAGGGAAGGUCAAAGAAUUUGCUCAAAUAUUCAAUCAAGAAGCUGUAACAAAACCUAAAGUUGACACAAAAUCUCGACUUCAGGGUUAUAAGAAAGGAGCUGUAAAGGUAAAUAAUGAUGUGGAUGAUGAUCCUGAACAGUCCAAAAAGGAGAUCUAUACUGUAGAGACCAUUGAUAUGGCUGCCAAUAAUUUGUCACGGCAAGAUGAUAUUUCAGCAUCAGCAGCAAUUCCUGACAUUUCAUUUGCUGAUAUUGAAGAUAAAGAGGAGUCCUUCCAUGAUAAUUUCACGAUCGAAGUAUUAUCCCAAGAUGAGGGUGACGUCUCACAGAACCAAGAAAUUCAAGAACUCCAAGUCAUUGACAAGAAGAUACAACAAUGGUCUAAAGGAAAGGAAGGAAAUAUACGCUCACUGUUGUCAACAUUACAAUACGUACUUUGGCCAAACUGUGGCUGGAAGCCUGUGCCUCUUGUUGAUAUAAUUGAAGGGAACGCGGUUAAAAGAUCUUAUCAAAGAGCUUUACUCAGUCUGCAUCCGGAUAAGUUGCAGCAAAAGGGUGCUACUUCAGACCAAAAGUACACUGCAGAAAAAGUUUUUGAUAUUUUGCAGGAGGCAUGGACUCAAUUCAACAUGGUUGGUGCACUCUAAUGCCUGUCAAUACUUAAUACCAACAUGAGAAAAAGUUAUCGUUGAUACCUUAUGGGUAGCUCCCUUCCAGAGUCUGUCUGCCAGGGAAUAGAUUUUGUUCUUAUUGGAAUUGGAAGUGUUACUUCGUAUUGUUGUAGCUAAUUUAAUUUCAUUGAAAAAAUAUAUAAAUGAGUGACUUCACUCAGGUGUGCAUACAAAGCAUUUUUUGCCGAAUAAUAUAGAAGUCAUCUUUUUAUUUUAUUUUUUACAGCAAAGUUUUUUUUUUUUUUUUAUGUAUUAGCACAGUAAAUAUAUCUACAGGAAAUGCACGGCAACAGAGUUCAAGCUGGUC